CCCCCUCCCCUGCCCCCUCCCGGCCCCCUCCACCCCCGCCCGGCCCCCUCGUCGUCCCCGCGGCCGCCCUGCGUACGAGGUGACGCAGCGCCGCCCGCCCCGCCCGCCCCCGCGCCGCCGCCGCCGCCGCCGCCGCCGCCACCCGGUCGGGCUCCAGGGGCCGCUAACGGUCCCGCGCCCCUCGGCGUCCGCGCCCCCGCCCCGCGCCGCGCCCGGCCGAGCAGGCGGCGCCGGCGGGCGACGGGCGCGAUGGGGGCGGCGGAGCCGCUGCGCUCGGUGCUGUGGGUGAAGCGGCAGCGCUGCGCCGUGAGCCUGGACCCCGCGCGGGCGCUGCUGCGCUGGUGGCGGAGCCCGGGGCCCGGAGCCGGCGCCCCCGGCGCGGAUGCCUGCUCUGUGCCCGUCUCUGAGAUCAUCACCGUCGAAGAAACGGACAUCCACGGCAGACACUACGGCCGCGGAAAAUGGCAGAAGAUGGAGAAGCCCUUCGCUUUCACAGUGCACUGCGUGAAGAGGGCCCGACGUCACCGCUGGAGGUGGGCGCAGGUGACCUUCUGCUGUGCUGAGGAGCCGCUGUGUCACCUGUGGCUGCAGACGCUGCGGGAGUUGCUGGAGAAGCUGACAUCCAGACCAAAGCAUUUACUGGUGUUUAUUAAUCCGUUUGGAGGGAAAGGACAAGGCAAGCGGAUAUAUGAAAGGAAAGUGGCCCCACUGUUUACCUUAGCGUCCAUCACCACCGAAAUAAUCGUCACCGAACGUGCUAAUCAGGCCAAGGAGAGCUUAUACGAGAUCAACAUAGAUAAAUACGACGGGAUCGUCUGCGUUGGUGGAGACGGCAUGUUCAGUGAGGUCUUGCACGGCCUGAUUGGCAGGACGCAGAGGAACGCCGGCGUGGACCAGAACCAGCCCCGGGCAGCCCUGGUGCCUAGCCCACUCCGGAUCGGCAUCAUCCCCGCGGGGUCCACAGAUUGUGUGUGUUUUUCCACGGUCGGCACGAAUGACGCGGAGACAUCAGCUUUGCACAUCAUUGUGGGGGACUCACUGCCCAUGGACGUGUCCUCGGUUCACCACAACAGCACGCUGCUGCGCUACUCCGUGUCCCUGCUGGGCUAUGGCUUCUACGGGGACGUCAUCAAGGACAGUGAGAAGAAGCGGUGGAUGGGGCUCAUCAGAUACGACUUCUCAGGUUUGAAGACCUUCCUGUCACAUCACUGCUAUGAAGGGACAGUGUCUUUCCUGCCAGCGCGGCACACAGUGGGGUCUCCCAGGGACAGGAAACCCUGCCGUGCUGGAUGCUUCGUGUGCAGGCAGAGCAAACAGCAGCUGGAGGAGGAGCAGAAGAGGUCGUUGUACGGUCUGGAGAACACCGAGGAGGUGGAAGAGUGGAAGGUCGUCUGCGGGAAGUUCCUGGCCAUCAACGCCACCAACAUGUCCUGUGCUUGUCCCCGGAGUCCCCAGGGCCUGUCCCCGGCCGCCCACCUGGGGGACGGGUCUUCUGACCUCAUCCUCAUCCGGAAGUGCUCCCGGUUCAACUUCCUGAGGUUUCUCGUCAGGCACACGAACCAGUACGACCAGUUUGACUUCGCUUUUGUCGAAGUUUAUCGCGUCAGGAAAUUCCAGUUUGUAUCGAAGCACGUGGAGGACGAGGACAGCGACCUCAAGGAGAGGGGGAAGACGCGCUUCGGGCAGAUCUGCAGCGACCACCCCCCGUGCUGCUGCUCUGUGUCCAACAGCUCGUGGAACUGUGACGGGGAGGUCCUGAGCAGCUCCGCCAUCGAGGUCCGGGUCCACUGCCAGCUGGUUCGUCUCUUUGCACGAGGAAUCGAGGAGAACCCUAAGGAAGAGUCACAGAGCUGAGACGCUGUCACGCGUCACCUGCCUUGCCGUGAUUGGGAACCGUGACCGUUAUUUAGGAAAAUUACUGCAGACCGAUUACGUUGAUAUACACAUUUAAAUUUAGAAAUUUAUUUUUGAUAGUUGAAUCUUGAUUUUAGAAAAAUACCUUCGUCAACAAUAUUGUGAACAUACCUGGCAUUUUCGGUUCUCCGUGACUCUUUGGGCUGCGUUUCACGUAACUUCUUCUCAGCCAAUGGCACUUACCAGUUUGGGGGCGCUGGCUUCUUAGGUUUUAACAACGCUGACGGUGCGGAUUUUCAAAGGGCCCAUCGGUGGCUCUGCCCAAUACGUUUAGGGACAGCGAAUGUGCGGUCACACCAUCCAGACGGGGGUCUCCCCGCUCGCUGAUCCACAUCGCACGACUUACUCUGUAGUUAUUUGUGGUCAGGUUUCGGAAAGUAGUCGGUCGCCUUCAUUUUGCCUUCAUCUGAGCUUCUGCUUAGGAAACUUCCGGACUCUCUCUGUCCCGGGCAACUACAAUGCAACGUAGCCCUGCUUCGGGGACACCUCGGGAGUGCAGCACUGUUGUGGGGACGCGGACAGGAGUGGCACUUUAUCUUGAAAACCCAGGUCCUUGCUUUCAUCACGGUCGUGUUUCUGGGACAAUCCGGCUGGUCAGCAGGAACAAUCACGGGCCCUGGAGACGGCAUCGGUUUUACGGCUAGGUGCCGACGCUUUAUGGCCACACUGGGCGGGGGUGGGGGGGGUGGGGGUGGGGUUGGCAUGGAGAGAAGCUGGCACACAGUAGGAAAAAAUUCACUCUGUGAAUGCUGUGUUCACUUGACAUCCGGGCACCCUGCCCCGGUUGGCGGUGGGGCUCCCGAGUCCCGGGGGCUACUUUGGUGCAGGCCCCGGGUCUCUACAUGUGGUCCCGACUGGAGCUUUUCUUCACGUUCAGUUCUACAUAUUUAUUGAAACUGUUGUCCUUUUCAGCCAGAAUAGUGUAAAUGGUGUCUUCAGGGUUAGGAUUUUAGAUAGUUUUCCGCUGAAGUGCUGGAGCUGCAUCGGCCAGGGGUUCCCUGCAGCGGCCGGGGGUUCCUUACAGGCAGCCGGGGGUUCCCUACAGCGGCCGGAGGUUCCCUACAGGUGGCCAGGGGUUCCCUGCAGCGGCCAGGGGUUCCCUACAGGCAGCCGGGGGUUCCCUGCAGGCGGCCAGGGGUUCCCUGCAGCGGCCAGGGGUUCCCUACAGGCAGCUGGGGUUCCCUACAGGCGGCCAGGGGUUCCCUGCAGCGGCCAGGGGUUCCAACCUACAGGAGGCCAGGGGUUCCCUGCAGCGGCCAGGGUUCCCUGCAGCGGCCAGGGGUUCCCUACAGGCAGCAGGGGGUUCCCUACAGGCGUCUGGGGGUUCCCUACAUGCGGCCAGGGGUUCCCUGCAGCGGCCAGGGUUCCCUGCAGUGGCCAGGGGUUCCCUACAGGAAGCCAGGGGUUCCCUGCAGCAGCCGGGGGUUCCUUACAGGCAGCCAGGGUUCCCUGCAGUGACCGGGGGUUCCCUACAGGUGGCCGGGGGUUCCCUACAGGCGGCCAGGGGUUCCCUGCAGCGGCCAGGGGUUCCCUACAGGCGGCCGGGGGUUCCCUACAGGCGGCCAGGGGUUCCAACCUACAGGAGGCCAGGGGUUCCCUGCAACAGCCAGGGUUCCCUGCAGCGGCCAGGGGUUCCCUACAGGCAGCAGGGGGUUCCCUACAGGCGUCCGGGGGUUCCCUACAUGCGGCCGGGGGUUCCCUGCAGCGGCCAGGGUUCCUUGCAGUGGCCAGGGGUUCCCUACAGGAGGCCAGGGGUUCCCUGCAGCAGCCGGGGGUUCCUUACAGGCAGCCAGGGUUCCCUGCAGUGACCGGGAGUUCCCUACAGGCGGCCGGGGGUUCCCUACAGGUGGCCAGGGGUUCCCUGCAGCGGCCAGGGGUUCCCUACAGGCAGCCGGGGGUUCCCUGCAGGCGGCCAGGGGUUCCCUGCAGCGGCCAGGGGGUUCCCUGCAGCGGCCAGGGGUUCCCUACAGGCAGCAGGGGGUUCCCUACAUGCACCCAGGGGUUCCCUGCAGUGGCCAGGGGUUCCCUACAGGAGGCUAGGGGUUCCCUGCAGCAGCCGGGGGUUCCUUACAGGCAGCCAGGGUUCCCUGCAGUGACCGGGGGUUCCCUACAGGCGGCCGGGGGUUCCCUGCAGCGGCCAGGGGUUCCCUACAGGCAGCCAGGGUUCCCUGCAGUGGCCGGGGGUUCCCUACAGGCAGCCGGGUGUUCCCUACAGCGGCAGGGGUUCCCUGCAGCGGCCAGGGGUUCCCUACAGGCAGCCAGGGGUUCCCUGCAGUGACUGGGGUUCCUCACAGGCAGCCAGGGGUUCCCUACAGGCGGCCAGGGUUCCCUGCAAAGGCCGGGGGUUCCCUACAGGUGGCUGGCGCUUCCCUGCAGGCAUGGCCACCGGCCCUGGGGUGGCCCUCGUGCAUGCUUGUGGCCCCAUUUCCUUUGUAUUCAUGCUUGGCUAUAUGGGAGAUGCAUCGAAAAUAGCUUUAUUUGAAAUACAAGAUGAGGCUUGAACUCUGGUUUGCAAAGAGAGAGGAAGCCUGUUACAAGAGGCGGUUCACAAGCCGUCAUGUGCUUUACGAGUGCCCUUGACCUCACGUAGGCACAAGUAGUCAUUUUAGCAUUAACAGACAUCAUAUAUUUUUAGAAUUUACUUGCAGCAUUUAUAUUUUGAAGUAUACAUGAAAUUUCCUAUUUUAUCAUUCAAUCCCAGGUCAGACAAAAAGGGUAGCUUUAACUGGCUUUUUUAAUAAGAUCACAUUAUCAAGCGAUUGUGCGAAUCCGAUGUUUUAAUGAUUAGCGGGUGGGUGAAAAGUCUGGGUAUGAAAACUAAUUCUCAGUGCUUGCUGCUGGUUGGAAGAAACCAGACCCAGGACUGGCAGGUCUGAGCAGGGGCGCGAGGGCCUCCCCAGCGAGGCUCCCAGCCGCCCACAGCCACUCUGUGGAUUGUGUUACUUGAGGUUUCGUAAAACAGUACUGGUCUGAAGUCCAUUGCUGGUUUUAGAAAAACAGUCCAGGCCGGAGUCCACAGUUCACGUUCACCGAGAAAGCGAGCCACACGGUUCCCCGAGGGCUGACCUUGUGCCGACAUCACAGGCCUUGGGACGGUUCUUAGGGUGCGUGUGGUUGUGUGAACACCCCCCAGCACUCCUUGAUAAUCUCUACACGGGGUGGAAGUACUUUCCAGACAUUCCCAUGUGGGCAGGGGGUUCUGAUCUCACGAAGGCCCCAGAUGGAGCCCCGACAUGUGCACGUCAGAACUGACAGCUGGUUAGUGAGGACUUAGGAUCAUCUAGGAUUAGUCUAGGCUUUAACUUCCUGUGUGACUCAUUGGUGCAAAAAACCGUGGCGGUAGUUAUGCUCUGACCCGUUUCCUGCUUGUUCUGACUACCAAGGAGGAACCUCGGAAGCUGCACCUGCUCGGCGGGCAGGCUCGACUUUGUUCCUUGUACAGUCUCGUGUAACGGGGCAGGACCGAUGGAAGAGGUGGCUUCAUUUUCUUUUAAUCUUGCGGGUUUCGAGAUUAGAAAAUGGCAUAUUUGCUCUGACACGUUUGAGAAGACAGAAAUAAAGUUACGUUGGGCAGAAUUUUUUUUUCUUUUAUAAAUUCCUGUUAUUUUCAAAGCGGAGCAUGUUUUGUGAAAACACCUAUGUACAAUUUAAAGAGCAAGAAUAAAAUGAACGAUGGUGU